UUUAUUUUAUAACUCAAGUCUCAAGGGUACCAUGUAGAAAAACCCAAAUACUCAAGUUUCAAGGGCACCUUGUAGAACUUUGGAUUUAAAAGGGUAUAAUGUAAAAAACCCAAAAUAAUAAUAAUAAUAAUAAAAACUACUUUUUUUUUUUUUGACAAACAAUAAUAAAAACUACUUGUAUUCUUCUACACAGCCAUAUUUACCGUCUUCCUCCAGCAAAACUCAGCACCUUCAUCACCUGAAGCUUUCGGCAAUACUCAUUACUCUUUUUUUUUUUUUUUUUUUUUUUUUUUUUUGACAGGAACACUCAUUACUUCAAUUUACUAAGAGUCAUUAAUUUUCUGAUGGAACUAGAAAUUAGACAUUUUCUCUCUAGGCCGAGGGCGAUUGCCCCUCCUGGCCUGGCUCAGGGACGGGCCUGUUACAAACCAUCUAAAAUAAGGUGCAAAGUUACGUCGAAGCUGAGUACUUCAUCUGGAAUGGCCAUAAGUGCAGACUUGCCAGAAUCUGAGGAGACGACAAAGUUGAAAUUGGGUCCUUAUACAGGAGGAAUGGGAUCCUACACAGGGAGAGACCCAAAUGUAUCGAAACCGAAUUGGUUGAGGCAGAAAGCUCCUCAGGGGAAGAAAUUCAAGGAGGUGAAAGAGUCUCUUUCUCGCUUAAAUCUCCACACUGUUUGUGAGGAAGCCCAGUGCCCCAACAUUGGAGAGUGUUGGAAUGGAGGUGGAGAUGGAAUUGCAACUGCCACAAUCAUGGUUCUUGGUGAUACCUGCACUCGUGGUUGUAGAUUUUGUGCUGUUAAAACUAGCAAAAAUCCUGCGCCACCUGAUCCAAUGGAACCAGAGAAUACUGCUUCCGCUGUUGUAAGCUGGGGUGUUGAUUACAUCGUUCUAACUAGUGUUGAUCGGGAUGAUUUGCUUGAUGGUGGAAGUGGCCAUUUUGCUCAAACAGUCAAAGCCAUGAAGACACUCAAGCCUGAAAUCAUGGUUGAAUGUUUGACUUCUGAUUUUAGGGGAGACUUGAAGGCUGUGGAUACUUUGGUGCACUCGGGAUUAGAUGUUUUUGCUCACAACAUUGAAACUGUCAAGCGGCUUCAGAGAAUAGUUAGAGAUCCUCGAGCAGGGUACCAGCAGAGCAUGUCUGUACUCAAACAUGCAAAAUUUAGCAAGGAUGGGAUGAUCACAAAAACUUCUAUCAUGCUAGGGCUUGGGGAAACAGAUGAGGAAUUAAAGGAAGCCAUGGCUGAUCUUCGAGCCAUUGAUGUUGACAUUCUGACACUUGGACAAUAUUUACAGCCAACACCAUUGCACCUCACAGUUAAAGAGUAUGUUACUCCUCAGAAAUUUGCUUUUUGGAAGGAAUAUGGAGAAGCUUUAGGUUUUCGCUAUGUUGCUAGUGGCCCACUUGUACGCUCAUCAUAUCGAGCAGGAGAGCUCUUUGUGCAGACUAUGGUGAAAGAAAGAGCUAAAGACACGUUGAGCAAAAAGUUAUACGAGUAGCUCAUAAGUUUAAGUUAGGAAUCACGGAUAAGGCCAAAACAUGCUUAUAGCAGGUGUGAACUACUAUGCAAUAGAUUUAUUGAAUUCAUUUGAUUUAUUAAUAUACUCCGUAUCUAGCUAGUCUUAGUUGAUCUAUUAUCGGAAAUGUCAAUCUAGUGGUCUUUUCGAAUUUUAAGUGAACAGGUACAUUUCGCCAGCUCAUCUACUUGCUCCAUCAGCUGCUUACUCAUUCGAGUCAUUUCUAUGACUUAUAACACUGUUUGAAAACGUUAAGGGAACCCGUUUCAAGCCAUUUGCAAAGUUAUGUUUGGCAAAAGUAACGUCUCCUUCGACAUCCAAUUUAUUUCUAGGUGUUGAUGGUUAUGAUACAUUGAAUUAUCCCACGCAGCUCAUAUUACCCCAUUGAUGACAAUUUAGAUCUUGAUUUCAUGGUAAAGCUGAUGGAUCUUGGCGGAUAAAGACCAGUGGUGCCUGUCUAUGCGUUAAGUAACAUUCCUACCCUAUAAUAGUUUCCUUUUGUUUUUUUAAGGAAAGAUAAUAGAUUUCGUUGAUAGUUAAAGUAUGAGUAAAGUCGAAUACUAGUAUGUUGCUAUGUACUAAGUACAGAAUAAUGCUUUCAAAAAAAAAAAAAAAAAAAACAAAAAAAACAUAUGUUGCUAUGUACUAACAUUUAUGAUUCAGUUUAUAAUUGAAAAUUGACAAUCUAAAUUUGUUAA